GUAAGCCGAGCACGUGAUCUACUGUUGCUAUAUGAUAGUAGUAGGAAGUGAGUUUCAAUAAAUUCAAAAUUGAGCGAGGAACGUAGUUCAGGGAAGAUUUAUUUAAUAAGAGGGCGACCCAUUCAUAUAGCUUGACAAGAACAACUUAUGACGGAAAAGAAACACGGUGUUCGCAUGAACUAAAUCCGUGUUUCAUAACUAUUUCGGAAUUUAAAGGUUUCUGUUGUUACGAUGGUUUGGUUUAAUUACACGCGUCUCAACAGAUUGGGCCUGAGAGACAAGUUUUACUUCUUACUAGCAGCAGAGUUACUCAACCUGACUUUAGGCGAGCCAGUUCGAUUAUGUGUCCCAGAAAACUCAGUGGAGGCUUGUCUCUCUAUGUCAGUAGUGAUGCCAAAUUACGUCACAUGCGUCAAAGGGCAAGAUAAACUGUCAUGUAUGGAUUUAAUAUCGAAUGGACGAGCAGAUUUGGUCAACGUAGGACCAGAAGAUCUUUACGUUGGAAUGACCCAUUAUGACCUUGGUCCGCUUGCCAUGGAGGUGAUGGCUAACGGAGAACCGUACAGAGCAAGAGUUGUGGCUGUGGUUAGGAAGAGCCUUAAGCUAGACCAUCUCUCGGAUCUUCGGGGUAAGAAGUCCUGUCAUGGCCACAUGAACGACGUGGUGGGGUGGCAUGUUCCUGUAACCACCCUUUUCAGUAGUGGAGUUAUGAAUGCAGAUUCAAGAGGUAUUUUGUAUUCGGUUACGGACUUUUUUCAAGGAAGUUGUGUACCAGGAAUAUGGUCCUCAGAUCCUCAACUUGACACGAGGCUAAAAAACACUCAUCGCCGCUUAUGUUCCUCGUGCCACAACAGUUCUUGUACUACAGAUCAAAUAUACGCUGGAGAAGAAGGUGCUCUGUACUGCCUGCUCGACGGUAAAGGUGACAUUGCCUUCUCAACUGUACAGAUAGCAAGAGACUUCUUCUAUGCACGACGAGGACACGAGAGUCAGUAUGAAUAUUUAUGUGUGAACGACUUGAGUAGAGUUUCGGUUAGAAGCUCCAGACCAUGUUAUUGGGCGGAGAUUCCCUCUAAUGCAUUUAUCGGACGGAAUGUAUCUAGUGAGUAAAUAAAGAUCAAACAGUAGUCGCUGUAUACCAGUAUACAUCGAAAUAGCGUCAAAAGUUAAACUGAUUAGAUUUUAUAAAUCAAUCAUAUUAUUAAAUUAUUCUUAGAUUAUUGAUCUCAAUAAUUAAUGUUAGCGCUACAAUAUGAAAACUGAGGACCUGAAAAGCAGCCUCGAAUAUUAGA